UUUUUAUGUCUGCAGAUGUUGUAGAGGUUUAAAAACUGGUGCAGGGCCAUUUGAAGCAGUAUCAUCACGAGGAAACCAACCUACAUCUCAGCUCUUACCUGCUCAUCACGAUGAAGAUGAUCCUUCCUCUGACUCUCAUUUUGACGCUCUUUAGCACAGCUGGAGCUCUUAUGUGUGAAACCUGCACAAACACCCAGUGUUCAAGCACAGCACCAGUGACCUGUACCUCAGAGACCAUGUGUGUAACAGCUUCCAUCCAAGCCACUUCAUCUGGAACUACAGUGUCACAGAUCUUCAAGGCCUGUGCGUCGUCCUCCUUGUGUCCAGCUGCAGGAACUCAGACAUUUUCAGGUGAUCUGGGAGCUUCCAGUGCCGUCGCCUCUGCUCAGUGCUGCAACACUGACAACUGUAACUCAGCAACUCUGCCUUUCCCUGCUGCUCAGGGUAACAACGGCCUUCAGUGCUUCAGCUGUGACCCCACCACCUCCAUCUCCAACUGCACCACACCACUACAAUGCCGUGGAGUGGAGGACAGCUGCCUUCAAACAACAUUGACUAUCGGGUCCUCCACUGUUCCAGCCUUUGGUUGUGCAUCGUCAAACCUGUGUGCAGUUGCUUCCAGUCUGGGUAGUUUACCGUUCAUCCAGAGUCUUGGUGCCAUCAGCAGUACAGUGGAAUGCUGUGGGACCAGUUUGUGUAAUGCACCACAAACAAUUACUGCUCCUACAACAACAACAACAACAACAACAACAACAACAACAACCGCUGCCAAAAAGAAUCGUUUGGCUGUCACUGCCAUAAUUUCGUGGUGGAUACCAGGGAAAAAAAGUUAGUGAGAGCAGAUGGACUAUAGGCAACACUAAGGUGGAAUCUCAAUCUAAAAGAGAUACAUGAACAAACUAAAAGAGGUGAAACAAUCUUUAACAUUACUAGCUACGUGUUCCUUGUAUAUUUAUAUACUUUGUCAAAACAUGAUCCUAGAGCAGAGGUAUUCAACUGAAAUUAAAAGAGGCAAAAGUGCAGAUGAUUAUAAUGUCCACCUAUUUACUGCGAUAUAUUAUGUAGUAACCUACGUGUAAUAAAUACUACACUGUCAAAUCAAAUUAAUUAAGUACAGUUCAAAAACCUUUUGACAAAUUUAUUGCUAUGUAACAUUGAACUGAACAUAUAUUCACAAUGUUAUCUCUAAUUUAUUAAAUAAAAGCGGGGCUGCUUUUCAAAACAAGCGUAAAAAUGUUCAAAUAAAGUGCUUAACUUUGAAAAAAUAAAAUAAAGGAAGGAAAUGCAUGAAAAAAAACUCUCUUUACAUCUUGACUUAAAAGUCCCAACCAAUUUAACAGGUAAAAACAUCACCACAUUAUUGAUCAGUGAGAUAACUGAGCUCUAGCUUGCGUAGCUUGCUCUUGCUAGAAUCUUAAACAGUGCCAUUCUCAUAUGCAUGUGGAGGUAUUCGUUGGUUAACCAGGAAUGAUAUUUUCUCUUGGUUAUCUUCUGGAGGCUCAGUGGGUAGAGCAUUGGCCUGCGACGCAGCAGGUCAGGCCUCUAGGUGUUUCCUUGAGCUACACUUUGCACUUGCUCCCCGGCCGCCUUGCAUGGCAGCUCACUGCUCCCCAGGGGAUGGGUUAAAUGCAGAAGACCAAUUUCAUUGUUACAUUUUAGGAUGUGAUAAUUGUCAAAGAAAAUAGUCAAAAUCAUGGUCAAGGGGUACUUUACUUAGAUCCAAGCUGUCUCAGGGACCACUUGAAGCCAGAAAGUGAAAGGUUCAGUUGCCACACUCUGCUCUUUCAGGGCAAUAUCUCCUUGGAGAUCAAUCAGUUGCAUUUGGAGGGGCCCAGUAUUUGCCCAUUAAAAAUACUGCUUGUCAUUAGCUUACUUGCCUUGUAGCCUCAAAUUCAGUUCAUUAAAAUGGGAGGAACACUAUCAAUAUUGACUAAUAAUAUGUUCAGUAGUAUUUAGGAAUGAAGGAACACUCAGAUUCCUCCAUAUUUUCUAUGCAGAAACAUUCUCAUUUGUUCCUCUGCAUAAUGUCGCCAGGGUAGCUGAAGAUGACGUUCGCAGCUACCCUGGUGGAUUGCAGUGCUCUCACAGACUACAACUAAUAUUUCCUGGUUUUCUCUGUACCUGUCCCAGCAACAGUCCGCCAUUGUUUAUCUUCGCAUACACCUACAGCACUAAUAUUCAAUGACCUGAGGUCCUGCUACAGAUUAUAUGGAAGGCAGUGAGUUCUACAGUGUCUUAGCACAGUCUGACAUUCAUGGUUGCUUGUAUGAUCCAGAGUACAGCACAGACAAGUUACAUCCAGGAGGUCGCGGCUGCUAAAGCCGAAAGUCUGAAAGACUCUGUGGCUUUCUAACAACUGUCUGCUUUGAUUUAAAAUAAAAGGCUGCUAAACGA